AUGCCUCCCGUUGGUGCUGCGUUAUGGCGCAGUCUGCGUGCUCAUCAAGUCUACGGUGCCAACACUGAUGUCGGGAAGACUAUUAUCUCUACAGUGUUGUGCAAUGCCAUCCAACGCCAGAACCAGCAAGCUGCGUUCUUGAAGCCCGUCUCAACAGGCGCAUUGGAUGAUGCUGACGAUCGGCAUUUGAAGCGCUACGGGGCGGGGACCCUUACUAAAUGCCUCUACCAAUUCGAUGACCCAGUCAGCCCGCAUUUAGCGGCCAGAAAUAAAGUGAUUCCGCGCGACGAUGAUCUUCUCGCGUCCAUACAUAAAACACUCUCCGGCUGGGCACGGUCGGACAUCGACUUCGCCCUCGUUGAAACAGCCGGCGGGGUGCAUUCCCCUGGCCCCAAUGGCAACUCCCAGGCGGACUUGUAUCGGCCACUGCGUUUACCAAUUGUCCUCGUGGCUGAUUCCCGUCUUGGGGGGAUUUCUUCUUCCAUCUCUGCAUACGAGUCACUGCUCCUCCGCGGCUAUGACGUCUCAUCCGUGGUCCUGUUCCGGGACGAAUAUUAUCAGAAUCAUGAAUAUCUACGUGAAUUCUUCAAGGGAAAGAAUAUUCCGCUGGUGUCUUUACCAGCACCCCCUGCUCGGCCCGAGAAGUUGGAUGCCAACUCCCAAUUGAGAGACGAGGAAGCUAUGCUCAGCUACUACCAAAAUUCGGCCAAGGAGUCCGAGGUUCUCCGACUUUUGGAAGACAUGACCGUAAACAACACUGGGCGCAUCGAGCGCUUGGAGGAGAUGGCCGAUCGUGCCCGCGAUCUGAUAUGGUACCCCUUCACCCAGCAUCAAGGGAUGAAAGCCAAGGACAUUACCGUGAUCGACUCUGCCCACGACGACUACUUCCAAACAUUCGGUUCGAGCCAGUCAAAAUCGGAGAGUGAAUUGCGCCCGACUUUUGAUGGUUCAGCGUCUUGGUGGACUCAAGGAUUAGGCCAUGGUAACCCCGAUCUGUCACUAUCCGCGGCCUAUGCCGCCGGUCGGUACGGCCAUGUUAUGUUCGCAGGCGCGGUUCAUGAACCGGCCCUUUCGCUAGCCAGUGAUCUACUGGAGACACUGGAUAAUCCCCGCUUUACCAAGGUAUUCUAUACAGACAAUGGAAGCACAGGUAUGGAGGUUGCUGUGAAAAUGGGUCUCCGUGCAUCUUGCGACCGGUACGGCUGGGACGCAAGUCAGGAGCAGAUCGGCAUUUUGGGACUGAAGGGCAGCUACCAUGGUGAUACUAUUGGUGUUAUGGACUGUUCGGAGCCAUCUACAUUUAAUAAGAAGGUUGAGUGGUACCGUGGCCGCGGUCAUUGGUUCGAUUUCCCUCUCGUCAAGAUGGUUGACGGGGCCUGGAAAGUCGAGGUCCCAAGUGAGCUGAAGGCAGACCUCGGCGAGGACGCCGAUUUUGCUUCCCUGGGCUCAGUCUUUGACUUGACCAACCGCCUGGAGUCUGCCACAGCUCAGCGCUACAAGGAAUAUAUUCGCCGCACCAUCGAAGAUCUUGUUCAGCGCCAGGGCAUGAAGUUUGGUGCCCUGAUUUUGGAGCCUGUGAUCCUUGGCGCCGGUGGAAUGCUCUUCUGUGACCCGCUUUUCCAGCGAUGCUUGACAGAUGUGGUCCGUGAUCACCCUGAGCUGUUCGCCGGCAAACCUUCCGCCCCUAAGCAAUCACCCUCGUGGUCUGGUCUGCCCGUCAUUUUCGAUGAAGUCUUCACUGGACUCUACCGUCUCGGCCGGCGAACUUCGGCUUCGUUCCUUGGCGUUCACCCCGACGUCGCUGUCAAUGCCAAGCUUCUGACCGGAGGUCUUAUCCCCCUUUGCACCACCGUAGCCAGUGAGGAGAUUUUCAAUGCCUUUUCUAGCCCGGAAAAGAGCGACGCCCUCCUCCACGGUCACAGCUACACUGCCCACGCUGUUGGAUGCACAGUUGCUGUGGACUCUCUGAAAACGAUGGCGAAGCUUGAUACUGACGGAUCAUGGGAUGGAUACCGCGAAGACUGGCGCGUUUCCUCCAAGACUUCUGAUGAAACCUCAACUCCGGAUGUUUGGAGUGUCUGGUCCCAGGGCCUGCUCCAGGACCUGUCCCGUGCGGACUCCGUGGAGAGUGUCUUUGCCAUUGGAACCGUGCUCACUAUCUCGCUUCGCGACGCGGAGGGCGGCGGCUACACAUCUAAUGUUGCCAAGGGGUUGCAACAAAAGUUGUCAACUGGUGGAGAUCAGUUCAAUGUCCACUCACGUGUCCUCGGUAAUAUUCUGUACUUGAUGUCUAGUGUGACGUCCAAGCCCGAGAACUUGCGGGAGAUGGAGAGGCUCCUUCGAUCAUCGUUGGUUUAA